AAUUGCUCCUUCACAGGAAUCAGCUGAUGCAGGACGAUCAUGAGCUUACGGAGGCACUGAAGAAGGUUUACCACCAGCAAGAUUCGACCAAGCUUGAUCUGGAGCAGCUGCUCCAAGAGUCCUCUGGCCAAGUGCACACUCUGGCCAGGAUGUCCAGCAAGAAGGAAUUGCUGGUGCGCAAGGUGGCUGCCCUAGAGGUGCAACUGUCAGCCUUGGAGCAGGACAGACAAGGCCUUUCAGAGCAGCUGACACAGGCCAGGUCAGUGAACGAGACCCUGGAGAACAGCCUAUCUGAGGCUCAGCGGCACAUACUGCAGUUGGAGAUCACCAAGAGCCAGCUGGAAAUCCAACUUCAAACAGUCACACAGGCCAAUGAACUGAUACAAGGGGAAGUGAAGUGCCUUAGAUGGAAGCUGGAAGCUGAGAGAUAUCUCAUGCAGCAGGAAAGGAAGACCAUGGCAGAACAGCUCUCGCAGGCAGAACAGCAGCAUGACGAGACUCUCAAGCUUCUGGAAACUGAUCACGAAGUGGAAGUAAACAAGCUCCUGCAAGCCCUGGCUAUUGCAGAAGGAGUGCAGCAAUCGUGGCUCUUGGAGAAGAAGCUCCUGUUGCAACAGCUGGAAAGUUUGCAGCAAGAAGUUGCAAGGCUGAAACUUGCCAACACUGAGCUGAAGGAAUUCAAUGCUGAACUCAAGAAGUCUCUUGAGGAGGUGGAAUGUCAAUGGAGGAAACUGAUGAGGCUCCACUGUGAUCAGUCUCUUCCAGGUGCAAGUGGAUCUUCCUUCUCCAAGCCUCACCACACAAGACGCCUGCUUCUAGGCCGCGCUGCCCGUCGGGGCGGAGCCGGGGCAGGGGCGGCCCCGGCCCGGAAGGCGAGUUUGUUUCCGGGCCGCGCCAUGGAGUCGUUGUGGCGGCUGAAGCGGUUCGAUGCCUUCCUGAAGACCCUGGAAGACUUUCGGCAUACUGUGAUACUGCGAUACACCGCUUGUCCCUGUUCGACAUGCAUCAAAGGGGAUAGCUGGCAGACUGAGGGUGUGCUGGCCCUGAGGAACUGCACGUGGCACCCACCGCUGCGCAAAGAGGAGUUAAAGAGCAUCUCGAGCGUGUGCGGCGUCGGGGGAGCGAGCCCGCUUUCGACACAAUAG